AUGUUCCGUCUGUGUGUCCUGGCAUUAUUCGGCUGUGCCUUCGCCUCGCCGCAGUACCAAAUACACCAACAACAGGAUGAAGGUAUUCCUCCUCAUCUCUUGAGACAGUACAUCGGUGUUCAAGGCCAGGGACAGCAGCACAGGGCCGCGCCGAUCCCAGCACCAGCAAGACUCGCUUACAAUGUUCAAGAGGAACAGUAUCAACAAAGACCGCAAUACCAACCUCAACCUCAAUCUCAGCCACAACCUCAACCUCAACCUCAAGCCCAACCUCAACCUCAACAGUACAGACAGCAACAGCAACAGCAACCUGAAGACUUUGAUCACAAUCCCUCGUAUCAAUUCGGUUUCGAUGUGAGUGACGACCAGUUCACCAACUAUCAGAAUCGUAAGGAACAGAGAGAUGGUGACGUCAUCAAGGGGUCCUACUCUGUUGUAGACAGUGACGGGUUCAUCAGAACAGUCACCUACACCGCUGAUCCCAAGGAAGGCUUCAAGGCUGAAGUAUCUCGCCAGCCCACCGACAUCGUAGUGAAGAUCCCGACCCCUAAACCCCAGACUCUGUCCGCGCCACAACAGAUAUCCCACCAACAACACCAGCCACAGCUCCAACAACAACAAUUACAACAACAACAAUUACAACACCAGCCCCAAGUAUCCAGACAGCCAUCCCCUCAACAACAAUAUUACCGUUACGAAUAA